AUUCAUUUUUAGUCUUGAAAGUUCUACACAUAAUCUGAUAAAGACAUCAUUAAAGCAAUUUUAAUUAAAUUUCUCUUGUUCACAUUUUAAUAACAAGUGUUUAUGUUACAUGUGUAUGUCAAUAAAAACGGUGGAAUAAUUUUAUUGUGUAUAUAAAUAUAUGGGAUAUGAUCAAGAAUUUUUCAUUUUAUAUUUUUCUUGUUAAUAUAUUGUAAGGUGCUGGGAACUUUGAAGAAGUAACUAGAGUAACAGUACAACUCUUACCAUGGGAAGAAGACCUGCUAGGUGCUAUCGUCAAAUAAAGGGGAAGCCCUAUCCAAAAUCGCGAUUUAAUCGCGGUGUGCCUGAUCCUAAGAUUAGGAUUUACGAUGUUGGCAUGAAGAAGAGGGGGGUCGAUGAGCUCCCGUGCUGCGUGCAUUUGGUUAGUUGGGAGAAAGAGAAUGUGUCAAGUGAGGCGUUAGAAGCUGCACGUAUCGCGUGCAACAAGUACAUGGCGAAGAAUGCAGGAAAGGAUGCUUUUCAUCUGAGGGUCAGAGCUCAUCCAUUCCACGUUUUGCGCAUAAACAAAAUGUUGUCCUGUGCUGGAGCCGAUAGGCUCCAGACGGGCAUGAGGGGAGCAUUCGGCAAGCCUCUUGGGACUUGUGCACGUAUUGCGAUUGGCCAAGUGCUGCUGUCUGUUAGAUGCAGGGAUUCAAACUCUCGUCAUGCCCAAGAAGCUCUUCGUCGUGCAAAGUUCAAGUUUCCUGGUCGCCAGAAAGUCAUCGUUAGCAGUAAAUGGGGGUUCACACCUUACAAACGUACCGAUUACCUGAAAUGGAGAGCCGAGAAGAGGAUCGUGCCAGAUGGCGUCAAUGCUAAGCUUCUUGGCUGUCAUGGACCUUUAGCUGCAAGGGAACCCGGACGAGCAUUUUUACCUGGAACUGUUUGAAUCUGACCAUGAUUCAUGUUAUCGUUGAGAUGAGGGCGCUAUGCAUAUCAUGUGUUAUUUUAGUAGCUAGUGUAGUUUCUUAGUCUCUGUAGGAAAUAUAAUACAUCGAAAUAAAGGAAUUUGCUCGGGCUGUCCAAAAAAGUUGCUCGCCGAUUGCAGAUCUUCAGAAAAUACACUUUCUGAGGAUCAGACACGACCGCGUAGCCAUUUUUGAAGAGCACGAGCUACAUAAAGUUCUAGGUGUGUCUUCGCUUGUAUCAUGUGUCAUGUCUGUAUUCGCGUUAUCUAUACAGCUAUCAUUAGUA